CGGCAGGCAGGCGGCGCGUGCGGCAAGGCCACUACACGACCUCAGCAGCUCGCUCAAGACAGACAGGCAUGAGGGUUCUCCUGCUCCUUUGCUGCCUUCUGGCGGUGACCUCGGCGGCGCCGCAGUUCUUCUUCCGGCCGCGGCCGGGUCAAGCCAGUGGCGGCGCCCAGAGCUCAGUGACCAGUGGCACCAGCUCCGGCACCCAGAUCUCAUCCUUGCAAGCCAGCGCCGGGGGAUCCGCUAGCGGCAAUGCAUCCAGCUCUAACUCCGCCAGCGCUGUGAGCAGCAGCAGCAACGGCUUCUUUGGCAGCUCGCAGACCUCCAACACCAACGCCCAGUCCAACCAGCAGACCGGCAGUAACGGCUUCAACAACAAUUUCGGCAACUUCGGUAACUCCAACCGCUUCACCAGCUUCAGCUCCAGCAACAGGAGGCCGGCGGGGAACAAUAGACGCCCGUGCCGCCGCUGCGGCUGAGAACUGCGAGGUCACGCGCUGUGUGUGACGAGCCAUGCGCUCCCAGUACGGGGCAGCAGCCGUGCCGCUGCAUGCAACCCUCAGGCCGAUGUAAGAAUGGCGUCAGGCGCUUCCGCCAAUUCGUUGACUGGAUGUGACCUGCCGUGCAGUGGCGUGACUUGUACAUAAAAAUGUUGAUG